AUGGCGAGUGGGAAGAAGGGAAUGAAGACAUGGUUUGCGUGUAAACUGCGAGAGUGGUCAAUUGCAUUUUGUGAAGACAAGACCAACAUACCUCAACACAAAUACGGCCGCUUCAGCUCCUCGAUGCUUUCUGACGAAGACAUUGCUGGCGCAAUCCAUCUCCAUCUGCAAAGUCUGGCCCGCCUCCGUGUCAAACGCAACAUCUCUGUCUGCACCGCCCAACGAUGGAUGAAGAAAAUGGGGUAUCGUUGGAAGAAAGAGCCCAAAGGAAUGUACUUGGAUGGGCACGAACGAGCAGAUGUUGUUGAUUAUCGCAAGAAUGUCUUCCUGCCUCGGUGGAUGUUCUAUGAGGCCCGUGCGAGACACUGGCAAGCAGAUGCGACGUUUGAAGAGGUUGACCACGAGUGUCGACUGCGGCUAUUCAUGGGCUCUGACAACGAUUGUCGACCCUACACAAUUUGGCGUCAAGAUGAAUCAAUUUUCUAUGCGAACGAUCGACGUACGCUGCGCUGGGUUCACGAGUCUGAGACGGCGAAGAUCAAAGCAAAAGGAGAGGGAGCGAGCGAUAUGAUUGGUGAUUUUGUGUCACCUGAAUAUGGCUGGUUGCGAUCCAAGAAGCCGAAUGACCUUGGUGAACAUGAUGAUGCUCGGGUUCUCUUGAAGCCGGGUAAGAAACGCGAGGGAUAUCAAACCACAGAAACAAUUCUGGCCCAAGUCACCCGCGCUAUGGACAUUCUUGACCAUGAUUACCCAGAAGACCGCCAUGUUUUUGCAUACGACAAUGCGACUAUCCACACGGCUCGAUCUCCGGAUGCUCUCAGUGCCCUUGGCAUGACUCUAGGACCGUCUACUAAGUUCAACAAAACCAAUGGGCCCAGAACCUCUAUCAAACCGAUGGCACCACAUUUAAAGGACUCAAAGUUCUGGUUCAGGAACGACGCGCAAAAGGUCACGAUCUGCCAGACCCCGAUUCAAUCAACCCCGCCACCAAGAAGAAAUAUUUUGUGCAGUGCGGUGGAAGCGGUGCAUUCAAAUGCCGCACCACAACCAACACGAAAUGCUGUCUACGAAAAAUGA